ACGCAUUCGUAUUGCACGAGGCCGAACAACUCACAAUCUCGCGCUAAAUCAAUACGGCGGCCGUCUUCGGUUUUGCGAACCCUCCCAUCCUCACCAACUUGAGCGGCCGUGGACAGGUGUCGGACGGGAAAGUUGGGGCACGGCGGCGCCAUCGGAACGGCCGGGUACAGACAAACGGAGGGAUGCAAACGAUGCGAAGCGCGGCGGCCGCGAGCGAGGGUUCUUGCGUACUUCGGGAGAUCGAGGACACAACGCUAGACGAGGUCCUGACUUCCCUCCGCGUAACCCUCCAGACAACAAACGAAAACGCAAGCAGCCGCAAUGCAGAGAAUCUACACUUAGCGACCACGCGACCGCCCAUUUUUCCGAUCCGGCCUCUCAAUGACCUCGUCAACCGACAUUUCCGAGCGACGCAAUCAACCACCUUAGCGCUCACAGGUCGGCAUCGCGAGCUGCUCUAUGUUCUGGUCGCCACUUUGAUCUCCGCGCCGCUCGAAAAAGCGGUGGCCAUCGUCGACUUCGAAGGCCGUUUCGAUCCUCUACGACUCCUUGCGGCACCACUCGCGCAAGACGCGGCAGCCGCAGGUCUCGCAUCCGCCGAGGCGAGACCCGUACCCACCGUCCGGCGUGCCGAUUUGGAUCACGUUCACAUUUUACGUCCUGCACGCGGUAGCGUCUCUCACAUUGCCGAUUGCGUCAAAUCCAUUGAGGAGUACAUGCUUCAUGGUUCACAUCGGAGCGGCGCCCGGGAAUGGUGGGGUACGGUCGUCAUCGGUGGUGGGCUGAAUCCUGCUGGGACGGCGUCUGCCGCCGCCUCCGCGCAGGUUGCGGUCACGGCCGACUGGAAGGGUUGGCUACGAGUUGACCGGGCGGACGUGCCCACCUUCUGGGAUAUGAGUGCGGAGCAGGCGCUAAAUGACAGGGAAAAGAGGCAAGCAGCGGUCGAGGACGCCGGCUGGCUGGCUACUUCCCCAUGGGGAGGCUUUUCGAUCGGCAGGAGAGAAAUGGGUCGUUGAUGUUGGGAUGGAAAGGGUAGAAGGGAGAUGGUUCCACCAUUGACCCCUCUCCUCCUGAUGCGCCUGUGAUGACCUUGAUCUGGCGUGGCUUCAAGGAACAAUAACAAGGCAAGUGGGCAGAGCGCGAGAACCUCGGGUAUCGAUGGGAAAUUGGGCGAUUUCGCCCGGUCGGCCGGGUGGCCUUCUGCGGGCUUCCCCUUCCAACAACGGUCAUCGGUGGAGGAGCAUGAUGCUCCCCGCCGACUUCUGCGACUUACUGCUAAUCUCCUUCCUGUUUACACUACGCACACGGGCCCAUCCAUUUGUUUCAUCGGUGGAGAGCGUUCGUCCGGAAAGCGAAACCCAAAAACAGGUACUCUAUUUCUCUCUACAUAGUAUGGCAUCUCAUGGCGCUCUCAAUAA